AUGUCAUCCUCCAAGCCGUUAAUCGUCGACGUUGGUGCCAAGUCGCAAAAUACUCCGUCUUCAUUCGCUGAAAAGGGUCGAGGAGACGCAACCUGGCACACUCUGUUGUCUUCUCCAGGAACAAAAACGACCUCACUUACUGCAGGCAUUGCUACAUGUCCCCCUCAAGGAACUCUAGCACUACACCGCCACAAGCAGGCAGAACUUUACUACAUUCUAUCUGGGUCUGGAGAAGUCGAAAUUGAAGGGCAAAGAUACCCAGUUUCCAAGAACAACCUCGUUUGGAUACCAGGAGAUGCAGAGCACGGUGUGUUCUGCAACGACAACGAGCUGAGCUGGCUUUACGUUUUCCCCGAGGAUAGCUUUGAUAAUAUUGUGUAUCGAUUCACUAGCGAGGUGAAGGGUCUUGCUGGAAAGAUUAAGUCCAACUUAUAA